CUAAAUCCAGAAAUGGCAGACCGACCCUCAGAGCCUACCUCUACCGUGGUGGAUACGUUUACAGCUCGAAGAAAGCUUAUAACGUUCAUCUCCAUCUGCGCUUUUCAAACGGUUACAUUCCUUAACUUCAACCUUCCUUACAGCUUCCUCCCGCUCUACAGCGAAGACCGGAACAUCUCCACCGCCUUGACUGGAGUAAUUCUGGGUGGCUCCCACAUUGGCUUGAUAUUUGGCCCCAUAUUCCUCGCCACCUUUCUUCUGGCCAAGUUUACUACACCUGUGGUCAUGUCCCUUUCUGCCGCCUGUCUUGGUCUCUUCACCUUGCUCUUCGCUCUGCUGGAUAUAGUUCAAGACUUGACUGUCUUCAAAAUCCUAGCGGUGCUGGAUCGUUUCCUGAUUGGAAUGCUAGGCGGCUGUAUCAACACUAUCAUAUUUUCAGCUCUACUUGCCAUCUACCCUGAUAAAGUUGGUGUUGUUACCUCCAUUGGGGAGGCAGUGCUAAAUGGUGCGGUGGCUUGUGCUCCUUUCAUCGGGGCUGUGCUCUAUUCUUCUAGCGGCUUCAAAUUAGCGUUCAUAGUUCCUGGAGCUAUAGUGAUGGUAAGCUCAAUUCCUGCGACAUUUUUCCCUAAUUUUAGCAAGAAGGAUCUCAAAGAAAAUGAAGAAGUGAGCCUAGCUACUGAAAACUGGUCCUCAUUUCUAGAUCCUUGGCUGUUGUUCCCUCUUUGGCAUUUGGCAUUUGGCCAGAUCCUCAUGACCUAUCACAUGCCUCUUCUCUCAGUGUACGCAGAGCACACGUUCGGAGCAGACGUGGUCUGGUCCGGAACAGUCCAACUUGUCAGCACAGCAGUGGUUUGCAUUUUCUCCCCACUAUUAGGUAUGCUCAUUGACAAGUUUGGGCCCUGUAAAAUGAUGCUAGCCUCAUGUGUUCUCCUCCCGCUGGUGUAUGUCUGUGUGGGGCCCCUCCCUCUCCUCACCUUCCUCGCCCCCUCCAGAACACAACUCAUCACCUCCCUCGCCUUCUUAGGACUUGCUGUCCCCAUGGCCUGUAUCUCUGCUCUGCCGGUUAUGUUUAAUGUGUACCGCGCGGCUCACCACGGCCACCUGCCCACGUGGGUUGUUAACUCGCUGGUUUCUCUUUACUGUGCUGCUUUCCCUACCGGCAUCUUCAUAGGGACCACUGUGUCGGGAUUCAUUGCUCCGUACGCUUCAUUUGGCUGGUCUACUGGAAUACUGGGGUUGAUUUUCAUUGCGGAGUCCAUUGUUUGUGCCAUCUACUGCUUCAAGGUUAUGCAAAUGGACAAGAAAAUAGAGAAACCCAAGAAAAGAGCAAAUGCUAUCAAGUAUACGACUAUUUCCAAAGGGGAAAGCGAUCCUGAGGGUUGAACGUGGACUGUCGGUGCGCUAUAUAGCAUGUUCACUGAAUUUUAUAAACUUUGUGGGCUGUAAUAAAAU